AUGACCACCGGAACCCCACUUCCCGCUUUCAAGCACGACCCACUUCCCGAACAUAAGUCACAUUUCCGCCUACUCCACAUCAUUUGUGGUGACUUCGGCCAACACGUUGAAUGCGAGAUAUCUACCUGGCCUAUUGGCGAGGCACCGCCUUACUACGCAAUAUCGUAUACAUGGGGUGAUGCCCACGAGACGAAAGAAAUUACAGUCAACGGCAGUCGUCUAGAGGUGCGACGCAACUGCGAGUAUGCGCUUCAGCAGGCAUUUGCCACCAAGGCCUGUAAAUACGUAUGGAUGGAUGCCAUCUGCAUUAACCAGACGGCCGAAGAAAAGAACCACCAAGUCGGAAUCAUGGACCAAAUUUACUCAGGAGCGAAGCAUGUUCUCGCAUGU